AUGGAUGCUGCUUUGCUCCUGAACGUGGAAGGGGUCAGGAAAACCAUUCUUCACGGGGGCACGGGCGAGCUCCCCAACUUCAUCACCGGAUCCCGAGUGAUCUUUCAUUUCCGCACCAUGAAAUGUGAUGAGGAGCGCACGGUCAUCGACGACAGCCGGCAGGUGGACCAGCCCAUGCAUAUCAUCAUUGGGAACAUGUUCAAGCUCGAGGUCUGGGAGAUCCUGCUCACCUCCAUGAGGGUGCACGAGGUGGCCGAGUUCUGGUGCGAUACCAUCCACACGGGGGUCUACCCCAUCCUGUCCCGGAGCCUGCGGCAGAUAGCCCAGGGCAAGGACCCCACGGAGUGGCAUGUGCACACAUGCGGGCUGGCCAACAUGUUCGCCUACCACACGCUGGGCUACGAGGACCUGGAUGAGCUGCAGAAGGAGCCUCAGCCUCUGAUCUUUGUGAUCGAGCUGCUGCAGGUUGACGCCCCGAGUGAUUACCAGAGGGAGACCUGGAACCUGAGCAAUCAUGAGAAGAUGAAGGUGGUACCCGUCCUCCACGGAGAGGGCAAUCGGCUCUUCAAGCUGGGCCGCUACGAGGAGGCCUCUUCCAAGUACCAGGAGGCCAUCAUCUGCCUAAGGAACCUGCAGACCAAGGAGAAGCCGUGGGAGGUGCAGUGGCUGAAGCUGGAGAAGAUGAUCAACACUCUGACCCUCAACUACUGCCAGUGCCUGCUGAAGAAGGAGGAGUAUUACGAGGUGCUGGAACACACCAGUGACAUUCUCAGGCACCACCCAGGCAUCGUGAAGGCCUACUAUGUGCGUGCCCGGGCUCACGCGGAGGUGUGGAACGAGGCCGAGGCCAAGGCGGACCUCCAGAAAGUGCUGGAGCUGGAGCCAUCCAUGCAGAAGGCGGUGCGCAGGGAGCUGAGGCUGCUGGAGAACCGCAUGGCGGAGAAGCAGGAGGAGGAGCGGCUGCGCUGCCGGAACAUGCUGAGCCAGGGAGGCACGCAGCCUCCCGCAGAGCCACCGGCAGAGCCCCCCACAGCACCACCUGCGGGGCUGUCCACAGGGCCGCCUGCAGAGCCACCGGCAGAGCCCCCCACAGCACCACCUGCGGAGCUGUCCACAGGGCCAGCUGCGGAGCCACUGGCAGAGCUCCCCACAGCACCACCUGCGGAGCUGCCCACAGGGCCGCCUGCAGAGCCACCGGCAGAGUUCCCCCUGUCCCCAGGGCACUCACUGCAGCACUGA